AUGCAGAUGAACGCGCAAACACUCAUUGUCUUCAUCUGCACUCUGAACGCAUUCCAUUCUGGCAGUGUGAGUGCCUCGUGUUGCCGCGAAUGUCCAGACGUGUUCGAUAAUUUUCUCUGCAAAGCGUUCAGCUGGUCAAACCCGUUCGCACCAGUCCCACCAAUACGACCCACACUGCCACCAACAGCUCCACCGACCGAGCCACCACAAACGAAUGUGGUGUUCGAAGCGACACCACAAGUCAAACAAUGGUUGCUUGACAAUAUGAUCAAAACGAUUUGUACCGUGCCGAACAAUCUAUUCGUCGUGUUCAUCCAGUCGGUCAUUUCGUUUGAGAGCUACUCCACUCAAGUGGUUCGCAUCGAUCCGCGCGAGUACGUCCGAUGGAACUCCAGUUUAAUCAAUCCAUUCGGUGCCCCGACUUUCCAGGAUGAAACUGUCUAUCUGGUAUUCAGCAAUAAUCAACUACCAAUAGUUCAAGACUCGGAAUUGUUGAAUUUGGGUUCGAUGCCCGAGCAGACCACAUUCAUCCCGUUGCGAGAUUUGAAGGACACAAUCGAUACGGUGUAUGCGGAAUGGUUGGCGUUCACGGAGCGGGCCAAUUCGACCACGAACGAGCCGAUAUUGUGUUUGCGUUUGGAGUCGUUGGAAUAUUUGAUACGAUUCAUCGGAUUGUCGUCAUGA